AUGACAACCGAUCCGCUCAAAAAGCACAUCCUCUACCUAGGACCAAACCUCUCCUUUUCCCACGCAGCCGUCCAGGCCGUCUUCCCUGGUCAACAUCACACUCAAUGCUCAGACUUUCCGCAGAUAUUCUCGCGUCUACAGCAUGCGAGUCAAGAUGCUGACGCUUCUGCACACAGCUACGCCAUUGUUCCAGUCUGCAACAGCACCAACGGUCCUGUCAUCCCGGUCGUGGCCCUACUACGGCAGUGUGGCGAUGGUAAUGGCUCAUUGCUGAGUGAGCUGGCUGAGCAUGGCGCAGACAUCGGCGUGCAAAGCCAGGCCAUAAUAGUUGUCGAGGCCCAGACCUCAGUGGUGGGCCAACAGGCUCUACCGAGCGGCACACAAGCCACAUCCCUUACCACAGUAUCAAAGUCGGAAACCUACCUCAACAUCAUCCUGCGCCCGCCCUACACCUACCAUCUACCUGUCCACCACUAUCUCUAUGUGCAUCCGGACUGUCCUGUAUCCGCCGCCACGUUGAAAGCCGGCGGAGACGACGAAGGUAGCCCUUCCACCACCACGGCCAUCGACUACACGCUUCUAACAACCCUCCACACCCACCCUCAAGUGUGGACGCAAUGCUCCACCUUCCUCCGCACGCACUUAUCAGCCUCAUCCGUCACGCACGUGGACCACAACUCGACGUCAGAAGCCGCGUCGCUCGUCGCACGCACUACACAUGCCCAGAGCCUCACAGGUACUGUUUCGCGAUCAGAGAUGUCAGGGCCUGCAGGAGAAAGGCUCGGCUGGCCCGCAGCCAUCUGCAGCCGACAGGCGGGCGAGGCGUACGGACUGAAGUGUGUCGCGGCGCAUAUUGAGGAUGAUAGGGAGGGGAAUCGGACGACGUUUGCGGUGCUUGGCGUUGAGCCUGGAAAGCCGACCGAGGAGGGAUGA